UAGUGGAGAGUAUCUGGCUUUCAGCACCGAGUGUGACUCAUGCUUACUUGGGAACAAAGUUAUGAGAAGAAAAUACUAUCAAAUCAAUAGAGACCUAAAAGAUUUCAUCGCUUAAUUUUCUCCCAUUUUGUUUUCUUAGUAUUCACAAAACUUUCUUCUUCCUCUUUUUUUUUUUUUUUUGUUUUUUUUUUCCCCCUUUUUCAUCUCUUCAUAGUACAAACCCACAUUGUCAAAAACUUCCGAAACUGUCUCUCAAAUCCAAACCUUAUCUUCUCCAUUGCUAAUGGAGGCUUUCGAGAAUUCGAGCUCCAUAAACCCUAAACCUACUUUCCCGCAACAAAAGCUUCAAAUCAGUGAAAGGGUUGAGGUGAGGAGUUUUGAGGAGGGUUUUUUGGGAUCAUGGCAUCCAGGAACAGUUAUUCAUUGUGAGAAGCUGAAUCGUUAUGUUAGAUAUGAGAAUAUUUUGAAUGAUGAUGGGUUGAGUCAUUUUGUGGAAGAAGUGACUGUUUCAAGUGUUUUGGAUGGUAAUUUCGGAACUCCGAGUAUACGCGGGGUGAUUAGGCCACUGCCACCUUUGGUUGAGUUUGAGAAAUGUGAUCUUAAGUAUGGUCUGUGUGUUGAUGUAAAUUAUCAGGAAGCUUGGUGGGAAGGUGUUGUAUAUGAUCACUGUGACGGAAUGGAGGAGAGGAGUGUGUUUUUCCCUGAUUUGGGUGAUGAAAUGAAGGUCGGAAUUCAUGAAAUGCGGAUUACUCAGGAUUGGGAUGAAGUCACGGAGAAGUGGGAGCAACGCGGGAAAUGGUUGUUUCUUGAAUUGAUUGAGGAGUGUGAGCGGGAAUCUUAUGUUCCAGUUUCGGUAAAGCAAAUUUGGUAUGAUGUGCGACAGAAAGUUGAAUUUUCCGCAAUUGAGGAAUGGACUUUGAAUGUGAAGAAGGAUUUGUGGAGAGACAUGAUAAUGGAGGUAGUUGGUGACUACAUGGCUAUUACAUUAACUGAAGUUUUGUCAGCCUUGAAGCUUCCAGAGCUGAACUUAGUUGAACUAAUAUCUAAUGUUGAUUCAAACGCGAAUUUAUCUGAAAAGGAAAAUUUUGAGCCGAUAGAAUCUGUUCUUCCUGUUGAAAAGGACUUGUCUAGGUUUCAAAAUGAAGUUUCCUGCAACGGCGCUGGUGAAGAAGUUUCGGUUGCUAUCGGUUUUGAGAAAAAGGAACACACUUCAUUAACUUAUUUUAACUCCAAUAGGUGGGAACGUGUAAUAUUUUCAGAAACUGAAUACUGUCCUGAUGUUGUUAAGCAAUAUAUACUUGUUUCUAAGGACAAAACGGCUAUGCAAUCUUUGAAGGAAAAAGUAUUGAAACAUCUUGCAUAUCUUGGAUGGGAAAUUGACGUUGACCGUAAUAAACAUUACAGGUACAAGCCACCCCCUGGAGACCAUUGCAAGAAGAAACCUUACUACUACUCACUUAUUGAACUUUGUAAAGUUAUGCAAAUGGAAUCGAUGCAUCCUACCAGUGACUGUCUUAUUCCCGAUGUGCCUCUUAAUCCAUUGGAAGAUAUUCAGAACCGAGAUGCAUCUCCUCUAGUUGCAGACAAACAAGCGCCUCCUUCUGUUGCAGCGGCAGAUGAACAAGCUUAUUGUCCUCAAGCCAUUGUGGAAUACCACAAACAAUUCGGGGCGAAACAGAAAAGUAAACUUAUUUCAAAAGUAAAAAGACAUCUUUUAGCAGAAGGAUGGACUUUAAUUGAGCCACCUCCAGAUAAUAGAAGAAGAGGUGUUGUGUACAUUUCUCCGCAACAGCGGAGAUUCCAGUCACUGAUCACAGCAUGCAAAUUCUACGUUGAAGAAAUUAUUCCAAAAUUAACUAUUUCUGGCAUGCAACCUUCAAAUAGAUCACUUGUUCAAAAACCUUCAAAUAGAUCAUCACAUUUGCUUCCUCAGGAGCCUGAGGUACACACUAUAGACACUGCUGCUGCGAAUAAAUCACGUGCAAAUCGAAAGCGAAAACGCUUUAGGAAUUCGGAUGACAGCCUGCCGAAGUGCCAAAGCAAUGAAUCAACUCUAAGGGUGCUGAGAUCACAUAAAAGGGUGAGAGAGGCAUCUUCCUCUUGUUUGUCAAACCAGAAACCUCUAAAUGUUCUGUCUUGGUUGAUAGACAGCAACAUGGUGUUACCAAGGUCUAAGGUUUCCUAUCGAGCAAAACGUGGGCGCCGUGUUUUGGCUGGGGGGAGAAUAACUCAUGAAGGAAUCAAGUGUGACUGUUGUUGCAGAAUAUACAGUCUUGUUUCCUUCGAAUUUCAUGCUUCUGGCAUUAAUACCACCAGACCAAGUGCUAGUAUCUUUCUUGACGAUGGUAGGUCGCUCUUAUCUUUCCAGAUGCAAAUAAUGCAAGAUAAGUCAAAGGAGGCUAUGGUAAAACCACUCAGUGUUUUGAUUCAGGGUGAAAACGACUACAUUUGUUCGGUUUGCCACUACGGGGGCGAACUUCUUUUGUGCGACAAUUGCCCAUCUUCAUAUCAUAAGACGUGUCUUGGUCUGGAGGAUGUUCCUGAUGGUGAAUGGUUUUGUCCAUCAUGUCAUUGCGGGAUUUGUGGACAAAGCAAAUUCAAUGUGGGUGCUGAGGAUGGACAUUUCCAUACAUGCAUUCAGUGUGAACAUAAAUAUCAUGUUGCGUGCCUCAAAAGUAGAGAUACAAGUAAAUCUGGAAGUUAUGUGGAAAGCCGGUUCUGCGGAAAAGACUGUGAAAAGUUAUACGCAGGCCUUCAAAAUCUGUUGGGAGAGCCAUUUUCAGUGGGUGUGGAUGGUCUAACAUGGACAUUGGUAAAGUGUAUAGACUCUGAGAGUUGUGAUCUUGAUAGUAGUAAAAGUGGCUUAUCGGCAGAAUGUUACAGCAAACUCAAUGUUGCUCUUUCGGUGAUGCAUGAAUGUUUUGAGCCCCUAAAGGAAUCCGCAUCUUGUAAUGAUCUGGUGGAAGAUGUUAUAUUCAGCAGAUGGUCCGAACUUAAUCGAAUGAAUUUCCGGGGUUUCUAUACUGUACUUCUGGAGAAAAAUGAAGAUCUGGUCAGUGUGGCAACUAUUAGGGUCCUUGGAGAUAAGGUAGCUGAAGUACCUCUUGUUGCUACCAGAUUUCAUUAUCGUCGACAUGGAAUGUGUCGCAUAUUAAUGGAUGAACUGGAAAAGAAACUCAUGCAAUUAGGAGUGGAGCGGCUCGUUUUGCCUGCUGUUCCAAGUGUGGCAGAUACAUGGACAGGCUGUUUUGGUUUUUCUAAGAUGACAAACUUAGAAAGAUCAAAAUAUCUGGAUUAUACUUUCUUAGAUUUUCCCAGCACCAUCAUGUGCCAGAAGCUUUUGAUGAAGAUUCAAUCUCCAGAUUCAGUUUUGUUAAUAGAGUUCCCACAAAAACAUGAUACUAUCUCCGGAAGCAGUACUGCUAACAAGUCUCCGGUAUCUGAAGUUGACCAAGCCGGAGAGAUAGAGAAAAAAGAAAUGCAGGACCAACAAAUGUUGGAUACUUCUGAAGGCAAUAAUGAUAAUCAUGGCAGUGCUGUUAUUGACUGUGUCACCAUGGGGGAGCAACCAAGUCCUGAGAAUCAACAUUGCCAAGACGGAACCUCCACUUCACAGGGCACUUUUGAAAAGUUUAAUGGCUUGUGUUACUCUAGAAGAAGGAAGGUGAAAAAUCAUGAGUAGGAUUUAUAAUUAUGAGUAAAAUGGAAACACAAGAUUUUGUUGAAGGGAACUGAAGUGUUCAUCAAUGCGGAUUAUCUUCAGUUAUAGCUUCUUUUGUUUGUGUUUCCUUUGUACAAAGUAUAUAUGUGCAUAAGUGGGAGACUUUUUAUGCGUUUAUGAUACUUCAAGAGGUAAAUUUUAAUGAAGUGAAUGGAGCUAAAUGUCUAUAGUUUUGGGUAUAAUUAACAAUGGUUUGUACAAAAAAACCCUAUUAUAAUCGAGUUUAUUUUUUAUAUUUCUUUUGACUCAAGAAUGAUUUGAGAAAAUUGAAACCAAAAAGUUCAGCCUUUAUCAUAAGUUAUGAUGCAUUUGAAA